AAACUGCAAUAUAAUAAUUAUUAUUUAGUAUAAAAACAUUUAAUUUUAUAACAUAAAUAUAAAAAUGGACAGUCAAAACCACCUGGACACUAUUGAUACGAGUAUGGAUAUUAAAGAGGUUCAUUCAAUUUGGCUUAAAAACCAGUUUAGAUCCGCAGAUAACGACAUUAACCACAAACUGAGCAGGGAUGAAAUAAUGUGUGUAUUGAAUCACAUGAAUCUAUCAAUAACUGAGAAGCAAGCAAUGACCCUGUUUGAUGCGGCUCAUAAUAGUAAGCAUCAAAUGAAUUUAAAAGGCAUGGGUGCCGGUGAUGUCCAAUUGGGUGCCUGUUGUCUCGAUGAAGAGGCUUUCCUCGACUUUUAUGAAUUACUUAAUAAAAGGCCAGAAUUGGAUCAACUCUUUCGAAAAAACUCAGUCAACGGUACCGAUGUUAUGGGUCAUCAAGAGUUGCAAAAGUUUUUGGUCACAAACCAAAAGAUGACCAAAAUUGGUUUAGAUGAUUGUAAGGCAUAUAUACAGCGAUUUGAAUCUCAAGACACACUGUACCCUGGAUUUAUGUCCAUUAAAGGUUUUUACAAUUUAUUCCGAUCACCAGAAUUUGAUAUAUUUAACAAAACCCAUAAUACUGUCUGUGAGGACAUGUCUCAGCCCUUAUCGGCAUAUUAUAUCUCCUCAUCUCAUAAUACUUAUCUUUUGGGAGGUCAAUUAGCCGGCACAAGUAGUGUAGAGGGCUAUCGGUUGGCACUGCUCAGUGGGUGUCGUUGUGUGGAACUGGAUGUCUGCGAUGGUAGAGAUGGUGAGCCUAUUGUUACCCAUCUCUACACACUGACCACUAAAAUACCGUUACUCGACGUAUUGGUCACUAUAAGGGAAUAUGCGUUCAAAACGAGUAAAUACCCGCUUAUACUAUCACUGGAAAACAAUUGCUCCGUUGAUCAACAAAUAAAAAUGGCCAUGCUUAUCAGGGAUGUUUUGAAAGACUAUCUAUAUGUGGACCCGGUAGACACCAGUAGUAGCAUACUAGGGCUCAAUAAAAAACAUUUGCCAUCUCCCGAGGCAUUAGAGUACAAAAUCCUAUUAAAAGGCAAAAAAUUGAUAAAAUAUGACACAAAAGAGAUGUCGCGAUCGGAUUCACUGAACAAUUGGGUCGCGAGUGAUACGGAAUCGGAUGACUCGGAUGAGCACGACUCGGAUGGGGAACUGGAGGUUGUGCUCAGCGAAACUGAGACUAAAAGUAUCGAGUAUUUAGACAAACCCGAGCCCAUACAGAUCCCGGACUGCGAUAACAUGCAAAAUAUGGGCGCAUGUAUGAGCGUAAGAAAGGACAAAUUAAAAUAUGAAUUGGCGAAACAGUUGUCAGAUUUGGUGACAUAUUGUGUGACAAAAAGCGAUGCUAACAAAUACGCUAAAUUCACUAAAAAUCACCUAGUUCGUGUGUACCCACGAGGUAGGAAAGUGCUGUCUGGUAAUUACGAUCCCAUUCCCCACUGGAAUACCGGCGCACAGUUAGUGGCCCUCAACUACCAGACCUACGAUACGCCCAUGAUUUUCAACAAAGCCUUAUUUGCGUUGAACGGCAAAUGUGGUUAUGUAUUGAAACCCAAGUAUUUGCGGAAAGGCAUGCUAUACGGCAUGAGUGACAUGAGACCUAAACAGGUUAAAAUGACAAUCAUUAGUGGACAGCAUAUUCCCAAACCGGGCAAUACAUUUGAGGGCAAAAUCAUCGACCCGUACGUUAAGCUCAGAGUAUACGGCCAUUCGGCCGAUUGGUACGAGUUUACGACAAAUGUGGUUAAGAGUAAUGGUUUUAACCCAAUUUGGGAGCAAACGCUUGAAUUCACUGUAAGGAUGCCGGAGUUGGCCAUUAUUUACAUUGCGGUUAAAGAUCACUUGACUAUUGGCAAAAAUGUGCUACUUGGCAGGUAUGCCAUACCAUUCAGGGCCAUUAUGCCAGGCUACCGUACCAUACGGUUGAUGGACAGUGAGAGUCGCAUAAUAGGUGUGUCCACUCUAUUGGUGUACAUAUCGUUCACAGAUUGUGCUGACUUUUGGUCGCCGACAGAGAAAUGA